CUGCGCAUCAACGAUCAAUGAGAGAGCUCAUAUUUGAAAAAGGGUUAGGCGAUCUGUUACUACACAAGAAAGGGGGGUAGGCAAAGCAGAGGAGAGGAGCAUGGGUUGUCACAACAGCAAAGUUUGUGGCCAAGUCUCCCGGAAAAAGAAGAAAAAUCAAGCAAAAGAAGGUGUGAAGCAAACAAAGGAGGUCAUCAAUCUUCAGGAUGGGAGUGCUGUACUUUCAUCUGAGGAGCAAUGCUCUGACUUGGAGAGUCAAUUAAAGGCUUACGAAUGGCAGCUGAAGAUACUCCAUGCAGUUUUGACGGCUUCGGGAGACCAAGAGAGAGACAAGCUCCUCAAGGACCAUCCUGGAGAUGUUUGUACAUUGGUCCACAGGAUUACAGAGAAGGUGAAGGCCGAGAUAACUGCUGAUCUAAGUGAUCUUCAUGAAAAACAGAUGAGGAGCACCGCAGAACAGCAUCAGAAAGGAACAGAAGAGCUAAAGCAAUCACACGACGAGGAGAAGAAUGUUUUAAAUGAAUCUCAUGCAGCGGCUCAGAAUGCUUUGAAGGAACAGAUUGAAAGUCUGACAUCAGAGCUGCGGCAUUUCAAUGAGUUAAAGCGUAGAGCUGAAGAGUCCACGCUCAGGAGAGACCUGCAGAGAAAUAUUGAGACCCAUGGCAGCCCUGGAGGAUUCUGGGAGCAGGAGCAGGAAAGCCUGUUAUUCGUCAUUGAAAUGAAGCGUGAACGUUUACUGGACCAGGGGAACAAGCUGCUGCAGAUGGAGACGCUGGUUGAGAAGAAUCUUUCAUUGGAAGAUCAACUCCUGCAUGUUUUACAACAGAAUGAAGACUUCAGGGUCCGGAUAGAAAACUAUCAAAGCCUCAUACAGCAACUAUCCAGAGAGCAGAUUGACCUGCAGGAGGCGCUGGAGAAACAGUCUGUGCAGAACCAGAAGCUCGGACAGGAGAAAGAAGAGUUGCUCUUUAAACUUAUACACCGCAGAGACUCAUGCUCUUCUUUUCAUCUUUCAUCUAUUGUACCCACAGAAGUGUCGCCCAGCUGACCUCCAAAUCAUCCCUGACACCUGUUUCCAAUGUCUACCUGGAUACGGGGGGCUAGUUUUUUAUGCCAGUUUUAUGGAGUGCUGUGCUGAAAUGGACCUAAUCACUGCAUUUAUCAUUUUAUCUGGCAAAACAAAUAUUUUUUUGUACAGUUUAAGAUUUUUUUUUAAAAGACUUAUCAGGUAUAUUAAUUCCGUUUUGAAAUGGCUGUAGAUGUAAUGCAGCAGUUAUGUUAACAAUUUAGUAACCACUCAUGACUGUAGGUAUUUCUUUUCGUGUUUUUUUUUUUUUGUCCAGGAAAUAGCAGUCAAGCAGGUUCUCUGUGUAUACAAAUAUGGUUAUAAUUUUUGAAGCAAGAAGCACUUGUAUGUAUAAGAUGAGGCUUUGGGAUCUUUUCAGAUGCACUUGCACUUUUAAAUCAGUGGUUUUAUUUGUAAGAGACACGAUCGGCCUCUGCAAGGUUUUAGCGAAUACCAGUACUUUCAAUCUACAACUUCCCGGCUUUCAGAAAGUUUUCAUUAUCGUUGCUGAACAAUACUUAAGGCAGAUAUGUUUUGUUUUUGCCACUGUACCUGUAAUGGUCUGUGUGCCAUAAUUAUGAUUUUUGUAAUGAUUCUAAAUCUUCUGCCAUAUGUUAAUGUCUGAAUCAGUGCCUUUAGUGAAUGUUGUUUCCUUGAAAACCAAGCAAUAAAUCUGCAUCUUAGGGACUGUAUUAUUA